AUGGACCAGAUGGGACCUCCCAAACAGGAGGGCCAGGAGAAGACCACAGCCGACCAAGCCACAAGUACCAUCAAUGCAAUUAGGUCAGGGCAGGAGAAAAGCCAUCCUCUGUUAAAGAGCCAGGACCAACAUCCUCCAGGGGGCACGGGGUGGGAGAUGUCAGUCGACCUGGGGAAGAAGCUCACUUUCCCACCCAUCGUCCAGACCACCUUGAGGCCUGACGUUGUCAUCUGGUCAGAGCAAGCUAAGAAAAUCAUCCUGGUGGAACUGACUGUGCCUUGGGAGGAAGGCUGUGAGGAGGCCCAUGAGAGGAAGAGCCUAAAACACCAGGACCUCAUCAUGGACUGCAAAGACAAAGGCUGGCAAGCAUGGCUGUUUCCAGUGGAGGUCGGGUGCAGAGGGUUCCCAGCACAGUCAAUAUGCUGUAGAAAAAAUGAAGAGAACACUGCACAUUGUUCUGAUGCCAUCCUACCGUUACUGAGUGACAUUCAAAACAUGAAGAUUAAACUCAGCUCUGCACUGUUGGCUCUGCUGUCCAUCAGUCUGGCGGCUAGCCAGUCAGUACACAACUGCAAGGAGGUCACUUUGAGGAAUGUGCAGCAGAUUGAUGCAGGAGCAGGUCAGGUGAUAGCUGUGGACCGCAACCGACGAGUCUUCCACCUGCACGGCUCCAACUGGAUCACCCAAAAUAGCUAUAUGCAGCAUGCUAGCGUAGGACCAGCAGGGAUUUGGGGAGUUGAUCGCCAAGGCUUCAUCAACAAGGUUGUGGCAGGAAAAUGGACAAGGACAGGAGUACGCCGGAUGCGGCAAGUGGACGCAGGAGGGGACCAGUUUGUGGCUGCGGCUGGAACACCGGUUCCUGGACUUGCAAGCGCCGUCUGUGUGAACCGUCCCUCUGCUGUGGCCUUCAAAUCUCCAGGAACUGUUUUGCCCAAAUUUCGGAUUGGGGCAAACAUGUCAUACUACAGCUGUGGCCCCAGUCGUUGCUGGGUAAUCAACAACAAAGAUGAAGUCUUUGUCACUAAUCCCGUGGAUCCAAGAACCUGUAAAGGCACUAAUGUCCUGUAUAAGGUGGGUGGGUCUUUGUCUAUGGUGGAGGUGGCUUCAGAUGGCUCUGUAUAUGGAGUGAACAGCCAAGGUCAAAUCUUACGCAGACAUGGCAUUUCCAUCCAGAGGCCUAAGGGAACCAGCUGGACCAGGAUUGACGUGUGCCUACCAGCUAGACAUGUCAGCUAUGACCUGGGCAGACUGUGGGUGGUCACCAAGACUGGGGUUGCUCUGGAGUGUCUCAUUAUGGUGGAGGUGGCUACAGAUGGCUCUGUAUAUGGAGUGAACAGCAAAGGUCAAAUCUUCCGCAGGUAA